UAUCCUACCUCGCUCCACGCCACUUCCCACUAGCUAGCCUCCAAGGAGAGCAGAGCACCAUGACGAUGCUGCGGGCUGUGUCCGUCACGGUGGGCGUGGCCGUGGCGCUGCUGGCGGCGGCCACGGCGGCGGAGUCGUGGCUGUACGAGGAGUUCACCACGGACGGCAACGUGCGCGCGGACUACAACGCGCAGGGGCAGCAGGUGGCGUCGCUCAUGCUCACCCAGCAGUCCGGCGGCGGCGCCUUCGGCUCCCGGCAGAAGUACCUCUACGGCGAGUUCAGCAUCCAGAUGAAGCUCGUCCCCGGCAACUCCGCCGGCACCGUCACCUCCUUCUACCUGUCGUCGGGCGACGGCCCCGGGCACGACGAGAUCGACAUGGAGUUCAUGGGCAACUCCACGGGGCAGCCGGUGGUGCUCAACACCAACGUGUGGGCCAACGGCGACGGCAAGAAGGAGCACCAGUUCGACCUCUGGUUCGACCCGGCCGCCGACUACCACACCUACACCAUCAUCUGGAACCACAAGAACGUCCUCUUCAAGGUGGACGACCUCUUCAUCCGCUCCUUCACGCGCUACGCCGACCUCCCCUACCCGGGCGCCAAGCCCAUGUCCGUGCACGCCACGCUCUGGGACGGCAGCUACUGGGCCACGCUCAAGGGCAAGGUCCCCGUCGACUGGUCCGGCGCGCCCUUCCUCGUCUCCUACCGCGCCUACUCCGCCGACGCCUGCGUGCCCGCGGCGGACGCCGGCCCGCUCUCCUGCCCCGCCGGCACCGACCGCUGGAUGAACCGGCAGCUCGACGACGCCGAGCGCGGCACCGUCGCCUGGGCCAAGCGCGACUACAUGCGCUACAACUACUGCGACGACGGCUGGCGAUUCCCGCAGGGCUUCCCCGCCGAGUGCUCCCGCGCCUGAACACAACCGAUUGAGAUUUGAGUUCACGUCCCCAAUCCCCCGAUGAGAUUCUACCUUGUUAGCUUGAUUCUUUUUUCUGGUUUCUUCAGCAGCCGGCUCCUCUACCUCUAUGUGUUCUUGUUUUCGUCAAAAAACCUCUCUCUGUUAAGUGUUUUUUCUUAACGAGAGGGGUUAACUCUAACGAUAAUAAACGUAAAUUCGUUGA